GUUAUCAAAAUAUGUUAUCAGUGUUGAAUCACUUUUCAAGAGAGACGUCCAAUUUGUAGCAGCGAAGAAUUUUCAGUUUAUAAAAAUUAAAUGUCAAAUGAAAAAAAUGAAGACUAAAAGUGUUUUGUAUUAUCUCGCAAUUGGUUUAUUGAUAUUAGGAUUCUUCAUCGAAGAAACUGAAGGACGUAGGAAAAUUUUGCGUGGACGUAAAACUAUAACGAGACGAUAUUACAGAGGUGCAGCGAUACCAGCAUGGUCUAUUGUUCUCAUUUCCGGACUAGGAAUGCUGGUUAUUGGUGGAGGUUUAUAUUUAAUUCUAAAGAAAUUUAUAAUCGAUGACAAUCCCAUGGAAGGAACAACUUAUCAACCUGUGAUACAAGGCGAUGUUUAAUUAAAUUCAAAUAUAAAACUUCCAUUAUUCACACGAAAUGUCAUUAUUAUUACUAUAAUCAUUAUAAAUUAUGUAAAAUAAUCAAAUUGUACAAAGCCAAGAAUACAGACUCGGUUCUUUCUAUUUCUAUAAA